GUCUACUGUCAAAACUUUUAAAUUAAGAAUUACCGAAGGUUUUUUCUGAAGUUUAGCUGAAUUCUUUUUUUCAGUUAGCCGGCAUGUGCUCUCGUUGAAGAAUUUGGAAUUAUUUAAUAAAAUAACAAAAACAGCUUAUAUUCUGUUUAUAAUGUUGCUCCUCGGAGAUAUUUUUCCUAACUUUAGCGCAAAUACCACAGAGGGGAAAAUAGAUUUUCACGAAUGGCUUGGUGACUCGUGGGGUAUACUUUUCUCACAUCCAUCAGACUUCACUCCAGUCUGCACAACCGAGCUUGCAAAAGUGAUAAAGUUGUUGCCUGAAUUUGUAAAGCGCAAUGUUAAAGUUGUUGGAUUAUCAUGUGAUUCAGUAGCAUCUCAUAUAGAAUGGUGUAAAGACAUUAAAAGUUAUGCAGGUUGCUCUGUACAAGAGUUAUUUCCAUACCCAAUAGUAGAAGACAAGGAUAGAAACAUUGCCAAUAAAUUGGGUAUGAUUGACAAAGAUGAGCUGGACACCGCAGGGAUACCUUUGACUGCUCGUGCAGUUUAUGUUGUGGACCCUAACAAGAAAUUUAGACUGUCAUUGCUCUAUCCUGCUACAACUGGUCGUAAUUUCGAUGAGAUCCUGCGUAUCAUAGAUUCAUUGCAACUGACUGACAAAGCCAAAGUAGCAACACCUGCAAACUGGAAGAUGGGUGACGAUUGUAUGGUGCUGCCCACAGUACAGGACGAUGAAGUUGCCAAGAACUUUCCACAGGGAGUAACUGUUGUGCCUUUGCCAUCGGGGAAGAACUAUCUCAGGAAGACUACGUGCCCAAAAGUGUGAUAUUUAGGUUAAAAUUUAUUUGUUUCAUAAGUUCUAAGAGUUAUUUUGUAAAAUGUGAUGAAAAGUGUCACUCACUUGUUAUGUUUUCAAAUAAAGAACUGAUAAUAUUUCGUUAACUAC